AUGUCUUACCCGAACCUUCCAACUCUUACGCCUCAGAGACCGCUUCCAGGUGCUUUCUUUCAGACGCCGGCCCCUAACAAUGUUCCCAAUCAACCCGUGUUCGCCCCGAAGCCGACCACGUCUGUCGCCGCGCAGCAAGCUUCACCGGCGUCGCUCCCCAAGCUCCCCCCAGCUGCCUCGAAGUCCCAAAGUCAGACCUUGAGUACAGAAGAAAGGGCGGCGCGUACGGUAAAUGAUACACUUACCCAGGAAGCUCGGUAUCCAGACCUCGACAACUACCUGUCUCAGGGCUUUUCGUCCGACUACGAUAUUCCCGUUUCGCCAUCAUGGGCCCCUUUCCAGAAAGUGAAGAUGUACAAUAUUCCCGACCAGAUCUUUGAUCAGUACAACCGAGCGCAAGUCUCCACGAGUAUGGGUCUGUUUGCAGAGCUCAACCACGCCUGGGUUGCGAUAGAUAAUGCGCUCUAUAUCUGGGACUACACACACCCCAACCCUCAGUUGGUGGGCUUCGAAGACCAACCGAACAGCAUCAACGCCGUCAAAUUGGCCAAACCGCGUCCGGGCGUAUUCCUGCCGUCGAUCACCCAUCUGCUGGUCAUAUCAACUACCGCCGAGAUCAUUUUAUUAGGAAUGGGCUGUGAGACCACGGCCAAUGGAGCGCGACAGGUCUCAUUGUUCCAAACCGGCAUGUCGGCGUCGAUCCGUGGUCUAGAAGUACACGUCCUCGCUUCUUCCGACGCGACUGGCCGCAUCUUCUUCGGUAGCACCGCCGACAACGACGUAUACGAAAUCACCUACCAACAGGAGGAACGGUGGUUCCAGGGUCGAUGCGCUAAGGUCAAUCAUACGAGCUCGCGCUUCUCGGCAUUCACGCCCUCACUGAGCUUCAGCCACAAGCCCUUCGAGAACGUCGAGCAAAUGGAGAUCGAUGAUACAAGAAGAUUGAUCUACACACUCUCGUCUCUGUCUACGAUCCGUGUAUUCCACAUGAAGCCGGACGGUACUAUCGCCUUGGCGAUCACAAAGCAUGCCAUGGAUAUCUAUGCCAACAUUGGACAUAUCAUUGCCUCGAACGAGACCCUCAACCCUAAAGUUCCGAUCGUAUCCAUCAGCCCCAUUCCUGCUGCCGAGGCAUCCAGGUACCAUCUGAUGGCCACUACUGCCACCGGAUAUCGUAUAUACCUAAGUGCUACUGGUUCGUACAGCUGGUCUGCGACGUCGAACGGUCAAAAUGCCCCGACCAGUAUGCAGGCCCAUCAUGUGAAAACUCCUCCGUUUGAUAAUGCGCCUCCGAGUCCAACUGGCGCCGCAUUCCCCGGUCAACCUCGUUUCCAGGCAUCCCUCGCAUCGAAGGUUCCCAUUCACACGUUGGAUCCCACGAGAUUCACCGUCCGAUACCCACCCGGCUACUUCUUCUGCUUUACAUGCAAGGAUCCCAGCCGCAAAACCGACGCUCUUUUCGUUUCCUCCCCGGACUCCGGCCGUGUCGCCCGCUCCUCCCAGGAGAAUAUCGUCCCUGGACAGGCUGCUGAGACUGGUAUCUGGCUCUCCCUGGGCAGCAGAGCUGAGGAUGUUGGCCUCUGUUCCCCAUCCACCGCAGCUUCUACAACCCCCGGAGGUUUUGGCAAUGAACUUGCGAUCCAGUUUGACAACCCGGCUGCUGAAGUUGCCAUCCUGACAAACACUGGCAUUCACGUUAUCCGCCGCCGCCGCCUCGUAGACAUGUUCGCGGCUCUGGUUCGCGGUGGUGGUAGCGGUGAAGAAGGGCUGGAAGGCGAAGUCAAGAACUUCAUCCGCACUUAUGGUAGGAGUGAGACCCUUGCGACAGCUUUGGCUGUUGCAUGUGGCCAAGGUGUUGAAGUUUCUUCUGACUCUCGCCUCACCCAAAUCAACGACCCGGAUGUGCUGGAGUUUGCUCGCAAGGUCUUCAUCGACCAUGGUGGCCGUCCCAUGAUCAAUGAGAAUGCAGUGGCAGAUAACUCUACGCCUGCGAUUGACACGGUUGUUCCUUCGCCAAGACAUGCCGGCAUCGCUCUUUACAUCUCUAGACUGCUCCGUUCGAUCUGGAAGAAAGAAAUCGCAUCAGUUUCGAGCUCACCCAAUGGAGCCCAGACCAUUUCUGCGUCUGUUCCCUCGUCCAAGUUGCAGUCGAUUCAGCGAGAUCUGUCUGCCCUUCAGGAUUUCUUCAAGGUUAACAAGAGCUUCAUCGAAGGUCUGAGUGGCCCGGAAGCGCUGGCACGCGUGUCCACCAAGCAAGAAGAAACGGCACUACAGGCAGAACAUCGCGCGCUGCACUCUCUUGUACAGCUAGUGUCUCACACCAUUGAAGGUAUCUCGUUUGUGCUAGUGUUGUUUGACGAACGAGUCGAUGAGAUCGUUGCUCCCUUGCCGGAUGAGUCGAAGCAGCGAUUCCUGAAGCUUACAUUUGAGGAGCUCUUCAGCACGAGCAAAGGCCACGACAUUGCGAAGGAACUUGUCAAGGGGAUUGUGAACCGGAAUAUUGCGAAGGGAUCCAACGUGGAAACGGUGGCCGAUGCUCUCAGGCGGCGCUGCGGUAGCUUCUGCAGUGCUGAAGAUGUCGUCAUUUUCAAGGCGCAGGAGCUGCUCAAGCGGGCUACAGAAGCUGGUUCCAGCUCCGAGCUCGGUCGCAAUCUCCUUAACGAAAGUCUCCAUCUUUUCCAGCAGGUUUCUGAGAAUCUUCCCAUGGACUACCUGGUCUCUGCAGUGGAAAGCUACAUUGCCAACCAGUUUUUCGCAGGUGCCAUCCAGCUUGCUCUCAAUGUUGCUGCUCGGUCGGACAAGGCCAACAUGGCGCUGUCCUGGAUCGUUGACGGACGUCCUGAGGCGGACUCUCGCAGGGACUACUUCUACUUCAGAAAGCAGUGUUAUGACCUCAUUUUCAAGGUUAUCAUCGCAGUCGACGACCUGGCCGCUCACGAUCCUGGCGUUGUCGAUGGGCAGCUCACCCUUGUGGCCAAGCGCAAGAACGAAGCCUAUGGCGUCAUUUCCGAUUCCAUUGACGAGGUCUUCCUGACCAGCCUGUACGAUUGGUACUUGGAACAGGGUUGGAGCGACCGACUGCUGCAGACGAGCUCUGCAUUCGUGGUCACCUACCUGGAACGCAAGUCGGCAGAUGACCUCGCUCAUGCGGACCUGUUGUGGAAGUACUACACCCAGUCACAGCAAUUUUUCAAAGCGGCCAACGUCCAGUUCAGUCUGGCGCAGAGCGCUUUCGCCCUCCCGCUCAGUCGUAGGAUUGAAUAUCUGGGUCGUGCAAGAGCCAACGCCUCGACCUUUACACCCGAUGUCGGCCGUCAGCCCCGGCAACGGUUAUUGCAGGAGAUAUCCGCCUUGAUCGAUAUCGCUAACAUCCAAGAUGACCUUCUCCAGCGUCUGAAGGAUGAUAAGCGAAUUGUCCCGGAGCGGAGAGCCCAGGUCCUUAGCGACGUCGAUGGGCCGAUCAAGGACGUCAGCACGCUGUUUAAUGAAUAUGCCGACCCGGCAAGCUACUACGAUAUCUGCUUACAGAUCUUCUACCUGGCCGACCACCGGAAUCCUGCAGAUAUUCGGUCGACGUGGCAGCAUCUGCUGCAGGACCUGCACGACGAGACGGUCCAGAAGGGUGAGCCGCUUCCCUACGAAGCUGUGAUCGACAAGGUGAGGAGCCUGGGUAGCCGAUUGCGGCUGUCCGAGACCAUUUUCCCGAUCCCCGUCCUGUUGCCAAUGCUCGAGCGCUAUGCAUUGGAGCACCAGCGGGGCGUGGGACCGGCGACAUGGGUGGUGGACCUGUUCCUCGAUCUGGGCAUUGCGCACGAGACCAUCUACACCAUCCUCGAAUCGAUGUACUACACGGACGAAGCGCCCUUCCAUGGCUCCAACCGGAAAUACAUCGCCAAGGACCUGCUUUAUCUGAUCGACCACUGGUUCCAUGACACCGUCCGGCUCGGCGGAACUGUGUUCGGGAGUGACGUGGUUGCGGAACGUAUCUCCGAGACGCUGCUUCUCCUGCAGCAGGGAGGCAUCACUCCGGAACAGAUGCAGCUUGCCACGGAGCUGCGGACGAGGAUCCAGGAUGUAUUGCGGUAG